CGAAACCGAAAGUAAGAGAUUGGACCGAGCAGCAGCAGACGCAUUGCAGGGACUUUCCCAAAAGUCACAAUAAAACCCUGCUGGUUCGGACUGGUUCCGAGGACAGUUAGAGUCCAAAGGUGGAGGAAAACGUUGUAACCCGAACAGCGAAAUCAGAAAUGGCUGAAAGGAAAGAGAGACGUCAAAAGAGGCGACGGUCGGAGUCGACUGACUCCCUCAACGAGUCGCCACACAGUUCACAGAUAAGAACUGAAUCUCCAGUUGCCAGCAUUGUGUCGCUGAAGAGCGAUUCAUCCAAGUUCGAUCCACCGUUUUUCAGUCCUGAACCAGCUUCAAGUUCACAGUUGAGAAAAAUCAGGCCUUCAACUCCUAAGAAUGUGUCCCUGAGGAGCGAUAGGUCCAGGGGUGAAAUGCCUUAUUUUGCUCUCGAAACGCCUCCAAGUGAACCACUGCAGUGUUUACAGUGCAACAAGGUUUCAGCAGACCAAGUCCAAAUGUAUUGUGGAUGCCGGUUUUGCAGAGACUGUGCUGUCUCAGAAUCUCAGUCUCCUUCAACAGUGGAUACAUGUUGUCCAAAAUGUGGAAAGAAACCCAAAAGAACAGAUGGAGAGGAAGACAUUUUAAAAGUGAAGAAGAAACUUCAAAAAGCAAUGCAAAAUAAAUUUUCAGUCACAGGUGAAGGUAAUGGUGACCAAAAAAUUUCACUGAAAAGUAUUUACACUGUUCUCUACAUCACCAUUGGUGAGAAUAAAGAACUUUCUGAAGAACAUGAGUUUGGACACCUAAAAGGCCGACUUCAAAUGCAGCCAUCAUUGGGUUCCUCAGUGAACCUCACUGAUAUCUUUAAACCUUUGACGGACCAGGAGAAACCCAACAGAACAGUCAUAACUAUGGGAAUUGCAGGCAUUGGAAAAUCUUUUUCUGUUCAGAAGUUCAUUCUUGACUGGGCUGAAGAAAAAGCAAACAAAGACGUUGAUUUUGUUUUCUGUCUUUCAUUCCGAGAGUUGCAUCUGGUUACAAGAAAGAAAAGCCUCAAUGAGUUGCUGAUAGAGUUUCAUCCAGCGCUCAAACCUCUGAAAGAUUCCUUGGCAUUCGCCAACGCGAAGAUAAUAGUUAUCCUUGAUGGUUUGGAUGAAAGCAGACAUUCACUGGACUUCGAGGGCAUGAAGACAGUGUCAUCUCUAAGGGAUGCAACAUCUGUAGGUAACCUACUCGUAAACCUCAUCAAAGGUAACCUUCUUCCUAAUGCGAACAUCUGGAUAACGUCCCGUCCUGCAGCAGCCAGUCAGAUCCCUGCAGAGCACAUCAACAUGGUGACAGAGAUAAGAGGCUUCACAGAUCCUCAGAAAGAGGAAUAUUUCAAAAGGAGAUUCAGCGAUGAUCCGAAUCUUGCUGAGAGAAUAACUUCACAUAUCCGGUCUUCACAAAGUCUUGACAUCAUGUGCCAGAUUCCGAUCUUCUGUUGGAUUUCUGCUGUUUUAUUCCAGGAGGUCUUUGGUGGAGAGCCAGACACUGAAAUCCCUCAGACUCUGACAGAGAUGAUGGCACAGUUUGUUUUUGUUCAAACAAAACGCAGAAGCAGAAAAUAUGAAACAAAGAAUCCACACAAAGGAAAGCUUCUACAGACACACAAAGAGUUUCUCCUGAAACUUGGGAAGCUGGCAUUUAACCAGCUUCUGGAAAAUAAUUUAAUCUUUUAUGAGGAAGACCUGAGAGAGAGCGAUAUCAACACUCAAGAAGCUUCUAUCUACACUGAGUUUUGCAACACAGUUCUUAGAGAAGAAGAAAUCUUCUACCAGAGAAAAAUUCACUUCUUUGUUCAUCUGACUCUCCAAGAGUUCUUUGCAGCUCUCUUUGUCUAUGAGUGUUUUGUAACCAAGCAAACCAAACAGCUUGGGAACUUUCUUGAUUUGGAGGACAAAGACCAUGCUUCAGUUGAUCUUGCAAAGAAGACAGUUGAAAAAGUCCUGCAGAAGAAGAAUGGUCAUUUAGAUUUUUUCUUGCGAUUCCUCCUUGGUCUCAUGGUUGAACCCAACCGAAGAGCCCUUCAGGGCAUGUUGACAUCUGUGGACCCAAACGACGAUACAGACAAGAAAGUCUUGACUUACCUGCGAUCAAUCCGAGGAAAGAACUUGCCUCCAGAUGGCUGCAUCAACAUUUUCCAGACCAUGGUUGAGAUGAGAGAUAACAAAGUCAAAGAUGAGAUCCAAGAAUAUCUUAAAAUGGGUGACUUAAAAGAGCUGACUCCCCUACACUGCUCAGCCCUGGCCUACAUGCUGCAAGUGUCCAAGAAUGAACUCGAGGAGUUGGAUUUAAAGAGUUACAACACAACAGAUGAAGGCAGGAGGAGGCUCAUUCCAGCAGUGAGAAGCAGUAAAAAGGCAGUGUUAAAAGACUGUAAAGUGACUGGAGAGUGGAUUAAACAUCUGGUCUUUGGUCUAAAGUUCCCAUUUUCACCACUGCAAGAUCUGGACCUGAGCAACAACGACCUGAAGGAUUCAGGUGUGGAGACGCUGUGUGACGGUCUGUCCAGUCCUGGCUGCAAACUCAAAGUAUUGAGGUUGUCUGGUUGCCUCAUCACAGAGAGAGGUUGUGAACAUCUGGUCUCAGCGCUGAGGUCCAACCCGUCCCACCUGGUUGAACUGGACCUGAGCUACAACAAUCCAGGAGAAACAGGAAUUAAGAUGAUUAGAGAGCAACUUAAGCUCAAGAAACUGCAUUCUGAUCAUUCUGGACCCCAUCGGAUGAAACCAGGAUUUAAGAAGUAUGCCUGCACAGUCACCCUGGACUCCAGCACUGCACACAGGAAGCUGCUUCUCUCUGAGGGGAACAGAAAAGUGAGCUGGGUGGAGAACGAGCAGCUUUAUCCUGACCAAGCAGAAAGGUUUGAUCAGCGCCUGCAGGUUCUGUGUCAACAGGGCCUGAAGGAGCGCUGCUACUUUGAGUUGGAGCUGGUGAAGCCCUGCACCGUUGGCUUAACGUACAGGAGCAUCGGCAGAAAGGGAGAUGGAGACGCCUGCAAGUUGGGGAUGAACGAUAAAUCCUGGUGCAAUAUUUGCUCAGAGGAAGGUUUCUACUUUCAGCACAACAAUAGCAGCGUUUUUGUCUCCUCUUUGCGCUGCUCUCGUGUCGGAGUGUAUCUGGAUUGGGAAGCUGGCAGCAUCUCUUUCUACAAAGUUUCUCAUGACAACCUCACCCGUCUCCACACCUACAAAGAUUUAACUUUCACAGAGCCUCUCUAUCCGGCUGUUGAGCUCUUUCCUCACUCUUCUGCCUUGUUUUGUCAGAUAAAAUGAGGUGUAUAUUGGAGCCAAAUAUGUGUAUUUUUGGUUUUGGGUUUAAUCUGAUUGGAACAAAUCUGGACAAAAGCUGCUUGCAGGAUGUUUUUAUUGAUUAAAAUGACUAAAUGGGAAAUUUUCCAGUAAAACUCUGUUUUACUUUAAACCUUUUUUGACUCUCAUCCUGUCUGAGGUUUUGAUUGUUUGAUUAAACAAAAUAAUAUUGUGAUUGUUUUUUAGAACAGUAUUCAGUAAAUCAGAACUUUAUUCUCUUUGUGAGUUUUAUAAAUAUUUAAAUCGUUCUGGUAGAUGGUGAAUCUAAUUAGUUUGAUGUUAGAUUCAGUGUUGACUUCUGAAAAGUAUCUGCAAUGUUUAUUCUUGCAACUUUAUACAAGAAGUUAAUUUGUAUUAAUUUGUCUUUAUGCUAUUCUUUAUACUUUAUAAAUGCACAGUCACUAAAUGUAGUUGGCCUGUUAUCAGCUGACAUAAUUAACAUUUCCCCGAAACCAUAUAACAAAAAACAAAACAAACAAAAAAAAAGUUAACUAAAUAAAUGCAAUAAAAACAUAAAAAUAAAAUUUCUUCCUCUGAAUCACGGUGUUUAUUUAACUAUAUAACUUUAUAACUAUGUAAUAAAAUGUUAGCUAACUGCUGUUUAUUAGAUUUUGGUAUAAAAAUCUGUUUUCUGUGUGUUAAAAGUUACAAUCGCAGAAUGUUUUCUGUGAGCUGCAUGUUUUAAAAUCUGUAAAUGUUUUUGAAUUAACUGGUUAUGUGUAAGUACGGCGGCCCCCGAGGGACACAGAGGACGUUUCAUUUUUUUAUUGCUUUCCCUCGCAGUAAUAACGUGUUUAGUUAUUUGAAAUGUAUCUCAUUUAUGAAAUAUAUGAAAUUUUGCAUAUUUUCCUUUAGGACACAAAAGCAGCACAAAUUAAUGUGCAAAAUGCCAGAAGCAAAACAGAACCUGGAUUUUCCUCCAAUGUUCUAAAAUAUUAACUUUAUGUAAGAAAGAAAGAAGAGACACAGAAACGAUUUUGUGUUAUUUUUACAGUGUAAAUCAUUCAUCUGGUGACAGUUUUGUUUCUUGAGUUUUAUUAGUUCAUUAAUAAAGAUCCAUAUCCUGCUAUUUAUUUUUUGACCAAAAGAUAUUAAACAAAUAUUAACUGAUCCAUUUUUAAACCAUGGUUUGCACCAAAAAUAAUAAAUGCAUUUUCACUGAGGAUCUUGAAAACAGUUCAAGCUGUUUUGAACCGUCACUGUUUGCAAAACAGUCCAGGGUUUAUUUGCAAAGUUCAUGUGAAGGAAAGCAAGAAAAACAAUCCUGUGUCCUCAGGGAGUUUAAUAUGCAAAACAUUUGAUAAAACAGGUUAAUUAUUCUGAGACAGGAUUUUUUUUAAAGUAUUCCAACUGAAAUGUUAUUCAUGAACAACUUUUAAAAUAAAAGUCUUUUCAACA